AUGACAACUUAUCUGGCCUGUCUUUGUGUCCUCGCCGCCUGUGUGACGGAUCUAGCGGCCUUCUCGGAUUACUACGGGGGCGGAUUUGAUACGUCUUACAGCAAGGGGAAAAAGUGGGAUUACUGGGAUUACUAUGAUAAGAAGUUCGAUUACAAUCCCUACUAUUACGGAGGCGGCAAAGAUAAAGGAAAUGGCGGGAACGGGGACGACGGAAAUGGAGACGAUGGAAACGGAAAUGGAGACAACGGGAAGGGUGGUUAUCAUUACCCUGGGAAAUACAGUUACUAUUAUGGUAAAGACGGUAACAGCGGAAAUGGUAAUGGAAAAGACAAUGGUAGCGGAGAAAAAAGUAAUGGGAAUGGAGAUAAUGGAAAAAAUGGGCAUUACUAUCCAUGGAAAUAUUAUGGUUACGACGAUGGGAAGAAAGACAAGAAUGGCAAUGGGAAAAGUGACAACGGAAAUGGGGAUAAUGGAAAUGGAAAUGGCGAUGAUGGAAAGGAUUCCUGGUACCCAUACAAACCACAUAAAUCAUAUUAUCCGUACAAGUUCAAACUCGGAUAUCCUUAUACCAAGGAUAUUUCGUAUUAUCCUUCUAAAUACUACUACGGGGACGACAACGGAAAUGGAGAUAAUGGAAACGGGAAAGAUGAUAACGGAAAUGGUAAUGGAGAUGACGGAAAUGGUAAUGGAGAUGACGGGAUGGGCUCUGUGUACUAUCCAUACAAACCAUACAAACCAUACAAGCCGUACAAGGCAUAUAAAUACAAAUCAUGGUACCCCAGCAAAUAUUAUUAUGGAAAGAAUGGAGAUGACAACGGCAAAAAUGGUAAUGGUGAUGAUGGAAAUGGUGACAAUGGAAACGGCGAUGAUGGAAAUGGAGAUAACGGAAAGGACUCUUGGUAUCAACCAUACAAACCAUACAAGCCGUACAAGGCAUAUAAGUACAAAUCAUGGUACCCCAGCAAAUAUUAUUAUGGAAAGAAUGGAGAUGACAACGGCAAAAAUGGUAAUGGUGAUGAUGGAAAUGGUGACAAUGGAAACGGCGAUGAUGGAAAUGGAGAUAACGGAAAGGACUCUUGGUAUCAACCAUACAAACCAUACAAGCCGUACAAGGCAUAUAAGUACAAAUCAUGGUACCCCAGCAAAUAUUACUAUGGAAAGAAUGGAGAUGACAACGGCAAAAAUGGUAAUGGUGAUGAUGGAAAUGAUGACAAUGGAAACGGUGAUGAUGGAAAUGGAGAUAACGGAAAAGACUCUUGGUAUCAACCAUACAAACCAUACAAGCCGUACAAGGCAUAUAAGUACAAAUCAUGGUACCCCAGCAAAUAUUACUAUGGAAAGAAUGGAGAUGACAACGGCAAAAAUGGUAAUGGUGAUGAUGGAAAUGGUGACAAUGGAAACGGCGAUGAUGGAAAUGGAGAUAACGGAAAGGACUCUUGGUAUCAACCAUACAAACCAUACAAGCCGUACAAGGCAUAUAAGUACAAAUCAUGGUACCCCAGCAAAUAUUACUAUGGAAAGAAUGGAGAUGACAACGGCAAAAAUGGUAAUGGUGAUGAUGGAAAUGGUGACAAUGGAAACGGGGAUGAUGGAAAUGGAGAUAACGGAAAGGACUCUUGGUAUUACCCAUACAAACCAUACAAGCCAUAUAAAUACAAAUCAUGGUACUCCAGCAAAUAUUAUUAUGGAGGAAAUGGAGACGACAACGGCAAAAAUGGUAAUGGUGAUGAUGGAAAUGGUGACAAUGGAAACGGUGAUGAUGGAAAUGGAGAUAAUGGAAAGGACUCUUGGUAUCAACCAUACAAACCAUACAAGUCGUACAAGGCAUAUAAGUACAAAUCAUGGUACCCCAGCAAAUAUUAUUAUGGAGGAAAUGGAGACGACAACGGCAAAAAUGGUAAUGGUGAUGAUGGAAAUGGUGACAAUGGAAACGGCGAUGAUGGAAAUGGAGAUAAUGGAAAGGACUCUUGGUAUCAACCAUACAAACCAUACAAGCCGUACAAGGCAUAUAAAUACAAAUCAUGGUACCCCAGCAAAUAUUAUUAUGGAAAGAAUGGAGAUGACAACGGCAAAAAUGGUAAUGGUGAUGAUGGAAAUGGUGACAAUGGAAACGGCGAUGAUGGAAAUGGAGAUAACGGAAAGGACUCUUGGUAUCAACCAUACAAACCAUACAAGCCGUACAAGGCAUAUAAGUACAAAUCAUGGUACCCCAGCAAAUAUUACUAUGGAAAGAAUGGAGAUGACAACGGCAAAAAUGGUAAUGGUGAUGAUGGAAAUGGUGACAAUGGAAACGGGGAUGAUGGAAAUGGAGAUAAAGGAAAGGACUCUUGGUAUUAUCCAUACAAACCAUACAAGCCGUACAAGACAUAUAAGUACAAAUCAUGGUACCCCAGCAAAUAUUAUUAUGGAGGAAAAAAUGGAGACAACAACGGCAAAAAUGGUAAUGGUGAUGAUGGAAAUGGUGACAAUGGAAACGGCGAUGAUGGGAAUGGAGAUAACGGAAAGGACUCUUUGUAUUACCCAUACAAGUCAUAUAAAUACAGGAAUCCAACCAAAUCAUAUUACCCCAGCAAAUACUAUUACUACGGCAAGAAUGGUGGCGACGACAAUGGCAAUGGUGAUGACGGUAAUGGUGACAAUGGUAAUGGAGACGAUGGUAAUGGAGACAAAAAUGGCCAUUACCGAUGGCGGAAACCAUUCGCCAAAAAAUACUACAAAAAGAAAUACAAACAUAGCUAUUAAAGAUUAUUCAAGUUCUAAGAUCUUGGAGUGUGUUUAUAUGGGAUAAUAAAGGUUGAAAGAAAUUAACUACUCUUUCUAAUUUGUCAUAAUUAGGAGAAACAUAUAUAUUCG